AAGAAAGAAUAAAGGCAAAAGUGGAGAGCGCCAGCCUCCAUAGAAUUAAAAAGUAACCUCUCUCUCUCUCUCUCUCUCUCUCUCUCGUUGUGCCCAACCACACUUAAUACAAUAGCCAUGGCUGCUGCCUCGCUGACUCUGCCAUAUACUUCUUCUUCCUCUUACGCCGCCGGUUCUGGUUCUGCGUCUUCUUCGGCUGCUGCCUCUUCUCUGUUCUCUAGCUUCCCCCUCAGCCAAAGGCGCUUCGUCUCCUGCGACUCUCGCUCUCGAAUUCAAGCCCCUAACAGCAUCAAAUGUGAUCUAUCUGAGCCACCGUUCAAAAGUGUAAAUGGGAAACCAAUUGUUCCCAUCCUUAACGAGCGGAAUCUACCCAAGUUUUUGGAAACUGCACGCAUGGAGAAAACAAUCAACAGGACUAGUACCAGGCUGAAACUAUUUUCUGGCACUGCAAAUCCUACACUUUCUCAGGAAAUUGCUUGGUAUAUGGGCCUGGAACUCGGGAAUAUCAACAUAAAGCGAUUUGCUGAUGGCGAAAUAUAUGUUCAGUUGCGAGAGAGUGUCAGAGGAUGUGAUGUUUACUUAGUACAGCCUACCUGCCCUCCUGCAAAUGAGAAUCUCAUGGAGCUUUUGAUAAUGAUAGAUGCUUGUCGUAGAGCAUCGGCCAAAACCAUUACUGCCGUGAUUCCAUAUUUUGGAUAUGCGAGAGCUGACAGAAAGACCCAAGGGCGUGAAUCGAUUGCCGCCAAACUAGUCGCAAACCUUAUCACAGAAGCAGGUGCAAACCGUGUUCUUGCUUGUGACCUUCAUUCUGGGCAGUCCAUGGGUUACUUUGAUAUCCCAGUGGACCAUGUAUACGCUCAGCCCGUGAUUCUUGAUUAUCUUGCCAGUAAGAGGAUAAACUCUCAAGAUUUGGUAGUUGUUUCCCCUGAUGUUGGUGGGGUAGCAAGGGCACGUGCUUUUGCAAAAAAGUUAUCUGAUGCGCCUUUAGCCAUUGUAGACAAAAGGCGUCAUGGACACAAUGUUGCUGAGGUAAUUUUGCAUGAGUACUCUUUGACACCAUCUUUUUUCAGCUUACAUCUGCCUUGA